AAAAAAAAGGCAAAGAGAGGGAUGUCUGAUUUCUAUACUUGUAAAAGAAAUCUAAGUGAAAACCGGCUGGUCCCCCUGCCUUAAACCAGAGUAGAAGGGCAGAGAAUCCAAGAAGGGCUUUUCUUUCCCCUGGCAAACCUUUACCCACCUGCCACCUUAACAAUGGCGACUCACUUCCAUUCAAUAUUAUAGCAUAGCAUAUAUAGUUUUUACACAGAGAAAGAGAGGGAAAGAGCUACUUGUCUCCUUUCCAUGUGAAGAGAGAGAAAAGAGCGAGCCUCACUUGCUUGUAAAGAGUACUCUAAAUAUAUUAAACAAAUACAAUAAAAAGCUAUCUUUUUCCCUGGUUAAUGAGAGGGAGAGAUGGCGGAGAGAAAGGGAGAGGAUGGCCAAACUUGAUGAAACAAGAUUCACAGUAAUCUCUCUAUCUCUUUCUCUCUUCUGUGUUCAGUGUAUCUGCUUCGUCCUCCAGGCUUUUGUAGUUCUGCAGAGAAACAUCUCCUCAAGAAUUCUGAGAAGAAAUGAGGGGAAAUGCACACAUGGGAUGCAAGGAUUAAUUGGUUUCUCUACUAGAAAUCCUGAAAGCUCAAGAGCUGUUGUCUUUACUUUACAUGACAAUCAAAUGAUUAUGAAUUCCUUCACUUAUCUUAUUUUCCUUCCCUUUCCUUUAGUUCUUCUGUACCUGCUUCUUCAAAAAGUAAAUUGAAAGACUUCUAAGUUUGAUGCAUCUGGUAAUUUCAAUGAUAAUGAACUUCUGGGUCUUAAUUCAAUGCAGUUCAUUUCAGACAUGGAAGCUCUUUCACCUGAUAGUGGAAGCAUGGACUCGGAUAUCUAUCGAACCUUGGGACUUGAGGAAUUAAGAAAAGGAGUUUUAAGAUCUCCUAGGGUUUUAAUGCUUCUUUCUUCUCUUCUUGAUAGAUCUGUUCAAAAAAAUGAAAUGCUACUGGAGACAACGCAGAUCAAAGAUGUUGUUACCAUAUUUCAUGGCUUAAGACCACCUACUGUAAGUAUCCGGAACUAUGUUGAUCGAAUCUUCAAGUACUCUGCCUGCAGCCCGUCUUGCUUUGUUGUUGCACACAUUUAUAUGGAUAGAUUUCUCCAGCAAACAGAUAUUCAUUUAACUGCCCUUAAUGUUCACCGUCUCCUGAUUACAAGUGUAAUGAUAGCAGCAAAGUUUGUAGAUGAUGCCUUCUUUAACAAUGCCUACUAUGCCAAAGUUGGAGGAGUAAGCACAGAAGAAUUGAACAGGUUGGAGAUGAAGUUUUUGUUUAGUAUAGAUUUCAGACUUCAAGUAAAUGUCAAUACAUUUGGAAAACACUGUUAUCAGCUGGAAAAAGAAUCUGCCGGUGGGCUUCAGAUUGAACGCCCAAUCCAAGCAUGUAGAAUUAAAGAAAGUUGGUCAAGCAAAGAUGAUUCAACUGCUUGUUCUUCCACGAUUGCAAGAUGAAGAUGCCAAAUCAUCUCGAUGUAUCAUUGUAAUCUCACUCAUGUCUGAAUACAGUCAAGUCAGAAAUUCUGGAUAUUGAAUUUCGGUGUAGGUACUUUAAUUGAUUAUUAGAGAGACAGCAUUCUUGCUUGCUCGUUUUCAGAUUGCCAUUACCUCGUGAAAGUUGUCCCAUAUUCUCAAUAUUGGGAUUUAUGAUAUCUUUUUGUUUCCAUA